GACAGAGGAACUUCCUCUUCCGUGUCACCCACGGAAGGAUAAUGGCAUCUGCAGAGCCUCUUGCACUGCUUGGAGGGUGGAAGCGGCUCCUGGGAGGCAAAGAGGAUGCCAAGAAGAGCACUCUGGACAAUCGACAAUGAUUAAAAUGCAUUAAAAUGUAACUCAAAUCAGUCAAAAUCUUCCAUUUCCUCCAGAAAGUGUAAAAACCUCUUCCUCAGCACCUGAGAAAAUAAGAGAAAAUUAUAAGAGCAAAACUUUCAGCUGGAAAAAAAUAAACAGUGUCUGGAACUGAAGGAAACAUUACAUGAGAAGUCAAGGAGGAUAAUUUCUAACUAAAGAACACCUGGAAGUCAGUGGGAAGAAAAAGAUUUCGUGGAUAGCCAAAACUGGCAGGUAUUAAAAAAGCCUUUGCAGAAGGAAAGAGUAGCUUGAAUCAAGCACCGAGAUCAGAAACAUUGUUGGCCUCCUCAAGAAUCCAAGAAUAGCAGUAUUAGAAAAUCCCUACAGACUGCCUAUUGUGGGAAAAACACAGAUUGCAGAUCACAUGUGUUUGAUAAAUCGAACCAUCCCGUGAAAAGCCAUACAGAUGUUUGGGGUCCGGCAGAAGCUUUACUCAGAACUGGUCUCGUGAUUCGUGGAAGGACCCAUACCGAAGAGAAACUCUACCAGUGUUCCCAUUGUGACAAAAGAUUUAGCAUGGAAACCAAUCUGGCGAUAAACCAGAGGACUCACACAGGAGAGAAACCAUAUGAGUGCCCGCAUUGUGGGAAACGUUUCCGCUGGAAUUCCUUCCUGGUGGAACACAAGAGGUCUCAUACAGGAGAGAAACCAUAUGAGUGUCCAGUUUGUGGAAAAAGUUAUAGUAGGAAUUCUGACCUGGUGGAACACCAGAUGACUCACACAGGAGAGAAACCAUAUGAGUGCCUGCAUUGUGGGAAAAGUUUCCAUCGGAAUUCCCACCUUGUGCAACACCACAAGAUUCACACAGGAGAGAAACCAUAUAAGUGUCCAGAUUGUGGAAAAGGUUUCCACCAAAGUUCCCAAAUGAUAGUACACCAGAGGUCUCACACAGGAGAAAAACCAUAUGAGUGUCCUGAAUGUGGGAAAAGAUUCAGUCAGAAUUCUCACCUGGUGACACACCAGAGGACUCACACAGGAGAGAAACCAUAUGAGUGCCCGCAUUGUGGGAAAGGUUUCAGCUGGAAUUCCUUGCUGGUGGAACACAAGAGGUCUCACACAGGAGAGAAACCAUAUGAGUGUCCAGUUUGUGGAAAAAGUUACAGUAAGAAUUCCCACUUGGUGGAACACCAGAUGACUCACACAGGAGAGAAACCAUAUGAGUGCCUGCAUUGUGGGAAAAGUUUCAGUCGGAAUUCCCACCUUGUGCAACACCGCAAGACUCACACUGGAGAGAAACCUUAUAAGUGUCCAGAUUGUGGAAAAGAUUUCCAUCAAAGGUCUCAAAUGGUAGUACACCAGAGGUCUCACACAGGAGAAAAACCAUAUGAGUGUCCUGAAUGUGGGAAAAGGUUCAGUCAGAAUUGCCACCUGGUGAAACACCAGAGGAUUCACACAGGAGAGAAACCAUAUGAGUGUCCUGAAUGUGGGAAAAUGUUCAGUCAGAAUUCUCACCUGGUGAUACAUCGGAGGACUCACGCAGAAGAAAAACAGUAUGAGUGUUGAGAAACUAACCAUUUAAUUUCUUGCCUUAAUUGUUUUUAG